AUGUCGGGGUCCAAGGAAGCGACAAAUGCAUGUCCCGUUCCAAUCGUGACACUAGAUCCUCGGUUCAAAGCUGGACGCAAUAUGAUUCAAAAAGGACUGGCAGCUCAUGGUGCUGUCGAAAUCUUUGAAUCACUUGCGGAAGAAGUGGGAAACAAGUUUGGAGAAUCAUCCAUCGAAUCAUCCCCAGCUUAUUUUGAAUAUGGGAAUGCUUUGUUGAGAGCCAUGAAUCGCCGGAAAAUGGAAGCGGAAGAAUCUAACGAUGCUGGGCCAACGGAUGAUCCGAAAGAGGCAAUCGCAAAAGCGGCAGAAAAGCGACUCCUCGGACAGAAACAAGAAAGUGAAGAUAAAGUUUCGAAGCCUCCAGCGCGGAAGGCUGGCGAAACAGAUGCAGCCAGUAAAGAACCUUCCAACACAGCAGUCAUAGAUGAAACUGAAAAUGAGAACGACGAAAAUCUCGCACUCGAGAUGAUGGAAAAUGCGUACAGCAUAAUGGACGAAUAUAGCUCUAGUGAAAAGGGCGGGAAAUACCAAGAUUGGGUCAAGGAGGCACUACCAAGAGCUCUAUUGGGAAUUGGGGAUACAUUGUCAAUGUUGGAUCGACAUGCUGAUGCUGCCGAUGCGUAUUCGAGGGCCUUGGAAUGGUAUCAAGGAAAGCUAGAUUCCUUUGCAAAAGACACAAUGUCGAUCGAGUACCUGACAGCUCAUAGGAGAGUUUGCGAGGCAACAGUUCUCGUUGCCGAAGAGCUGCUCUUUUGUCCAUCAGGAGAAGACAUUGUGACAAGCGAAACCCAAAGCCUAAUUGUCAAGGCAGACGAACAAAUAGACUACAUCACGGGAUACUAUGAUCGGGCACGGGAUUCCUUGCAAGACACGCUCUUCUUCAUGGCGAAACUAGCUGCAUCGGGGACUGAUAUUACAGCUGAAAAGAAUGAAGUCUGCCACUUGUCAACCAUGAUCAUGGGUGUUGGAAUGAGUUUGGCAGAGGCACAAGAAGAUGAAGUAAAUGAUAGCGCAGAAGAACCUACAAAGAAAAAGGCAAAGCUGUAA